GCCGGAUGGAUAGGACGCUCCUCCCGGAGAGUAGUGAGACCUCUGGUGCGGGGCGAUUGGUGGCCGGAGAGAUGAGUGGCAGCUAUGCAGCCCAAUGGGCGCAGUGCGUGGGCCGCGGGGCGGUGCCUGGGCGGGUGCGCGGCGGCGGCGGGGUGGCUGGGCCGGCGGCGGCGGCGGUACGAGGCGCGCGCUCGGGGUCCCGGUCGCGAGGAGGAGGAGGAUGUGGCGCGCGGAGGGGAAAUGGCUGCCGAAAACAAGCCGGAAGAGCGUUUCCCAAAGUGUAUUCUGCGGAACUAGCACCUACUGUGUUCUCAACACCGUGCCACCUAUAGAAGAUGAUCAUGGGAACAGCAAUAGUAGUCAUGUAAAAAUCUUUUUACCGAAAAAGCUGCUUGAAUGUCUACCGAAAUGUUCAAGUUUACCUAAAGAGAGGCAUCGAUGGAACACUAAUGAGGAAAUUGCAGCUUAUUUAAUAACAUUUGAGAAACACGAAGAAUGGCUCACCACAUCCCCUAAGACAAGACCACAGAAUGGCUCAAUGAUCCUCUACAACAGGAAGAAAGUGAAAUACAGGAAAGAUGGAUAUUGCUGGAAAAAGAGGAAAGAUGGGAAAACUACCCGAGAGGACCACAUGAAGCUGAAGGUCCAGGGAGUGGAGUGCUUGUACGGCUGCUAUGUCCAUUCCUCCAUCAUCCCCACCUUCCACCGGAGGUGCUACUGGCUCCUUCAGAAUCCUGACAUCGUCCUGGUGCACUACCUGAAUGUCCCAGCCAUUGAGGACUGCGGCAAGCCAUGCGGCCCCAUCCUCUGCUCCAUCAACACUGACAAGAAGGAGUGGGCAAAAUGGACAAAGGAGGAGCUCAUUGGGCAGCUGAAACCCAUGUUCCAUGGCAUCAAAUGGACCUGCAGCAAUGGGAACAGCAGCUCAGGCUUCUCAGUGGAACAACUGGUGCAGCAAAUACUCGACAGCCACCAGACCAAGCCACAGCCUCGGACCCACAACUGCCUCUGCACCGGCAGCCUGGGAGCAGGCAGCAGUGUGCACCACAAAUGCAACAGUGCCAAACACCGGAUCAUCUCCCCGAAGGUGGAGCCAAGGACAGGGGGAUAUGGGGGCCACUCGGAGGUGCAGCACAAUGACGUGUCUGAGGGCAAGCAUGAGCCGAGCCACAGCAAGGGCUCAGGCCGUGAGAAGCGCAAUGGCAAGGUGUCCAAGCCCGUGCUGCUGCACCAGAACAGCACCGAGGUGUCCUCCACCAACCAGGUGGAGGUGCCCGACACCACCCAGAGCUCCCCGGUGUCCAUCAGCAGCGGGCUCAACAGUGACCCUGACAUGGUGGACAGCCCCGUGGUCUCGGGCGUGUCCAGCAUGGCAGUGGCUUCUGUAAUGGGGAGCUUGUCCCAGAGUGCCACGGUAUUUAUGUCAGAGGUCACCAAUGAGGCCGUGUACACCAUGUCCCCAACCUCUGGCCCAAACCACCACCUCCUCUCGCCUGAUGCCUCUCAGAGCCUCGUUCUGGCCGUGAGCUCGGAUGGCCACAAGUUUGCCUUUCCCAACCCGGGCAGCUCAGAUAACCUUUCCAUGCUGCCCACCAAUGUGUCCGAAGAGUUGGCCCUCUCCACUACCCUCGAUGGUGGCCGGAAGCUUCCAGAGACCACCAUGAACUUUGACCCUGACUGUUUCCUCAACAACCCAAAGCAGGGCCAGACAUACGGGGGCGGAGGCCUAAAAACUGAGAUAGUAAGCACCAACAUUCGGCACUCGCCUCCUGUGGAGAGGAGUUUCAGCUUCACCACCAUCCUCACCAAGGAGAUCAAAACUGAGGACACCUCAUUUGAGCAGCAGAUGGCCAAAGAAGCCUACUCCUCCUCUGCAGCUGCUGCUGCAGCAUCCAACUCCCUCACCCUGACUGCUGGUUCCAGCCUCCUACCUUCAGGGGGCGGCCUGAGCCCUAGCACCACCCUGGAGCAGAUGGAUUUCAGUGCAAUAGACUCCAACAAGGACUACGCAUCCAGCUUCAGCCAGACAGGCCACAGCCCCCAUGUGCACCAGACACCUUCCCCCAGCUUCUUUCUUCAGGAUGCCAAACCCCUCCCCAUCGAGCAGAGCACCCACAACAGCUUGAGUGACUCCGGGGGCACCUUUGUGAUGCCCACAGUUAAAACCGAGGCCUCAUCCCAGACUAGUUCCUGCAGUGGCCACGUGGAGACGCGCAUCGAGUCCACCUCUUCCCUGCACCUCAUGCAGUUCCAGGCCAACUUCCAGGCUAUGGGGGCAGAUGGGGAGGUCACCAUGGAGACCUCACAGGCAACUGAAGGCAAUGAGGGGCUCCUCAAGUCUGGGGAGCUACAGGCCUGUAGUUCAGAACACUACUUGCAGCCUGAGACCCCUGGGGUGAUUCGUAGUGCCAGUGGUGUCUCUAUCCUGCCAGGCAAUGUAGUACAGGGACUCUACCCCGUGGCCCAGCCUGGUCUGGGCAACGCCUCCAACAUGGAGCUCAGCCUGGACCACUUCGACAUCUCCUUCAGCAACCAAUUCUCAGACCUGAUCAAUGACUUCAUCUCCGUGGAGGGGGGCAGUAGCACCAUUUAUGGUCACCAGCUGGUGUCUGGGGACAGUGCAGCACUGUCCCAGUCAGAGGAUGGAGCCCGUACCUCCUUCGCCCAGGCAGAGAUGUGCCUCCCCUGCUGCAGCCCCCAUCAGGGCAGCCUGCAACUGAGCAGUGCUGAGGGCGGGGCCAGCACCAUGGCCUACAUGCACGUCGCCGAAGUGGUCUCGGCCGCCUCUGCCCAGGGCACACUGGGGAUGCUGCAACAGAGUGGACGGGUGUUCAUGGUGACCGACUAUUCCCCAGAGUGGUCUUACCCAGAGGGAGGGGUAAAGGUUCUCAUCACGGGCCCAUGGCAAGAAGCCAGCAAUAAUUACAGCUGCCUGUUUGACCAAAUUUCAGUGCCUGCAUCCUUGAUUCAGCCCGGAGUGCUGCGCUGCUAUUGCCCAGCCCAUGAUACUGGUCUUGUGACCCUACAAGUUGCCUUCAACAACCAGAUCAUCUCCAACUCAGUGGUGUUUGAGUACAAAGCUCGGGCCUUACCCACACUCCCUUCCUCCCAGCAUGACUGGCUAUCACUGGACGAUAACCAGUUCAGGAUGUCCAUCCUAGAGCGCCUGGAACAGAUGGAAAGGAGGAUGGCCGAGAUGACAGGGUCCCAGCAGCACAAACAGAGCAGUGGAGGCAGCAGCAGUGGAGGGAGCAAUGGAAGUGGGAAUGGGGGAAGUCAAGCUCAGUGCGCUUCUGCCCCAGGGACAUUGGGAAGCUGCUUUGAGAGCCGAGUGGUUGUUGUAUGUGAGAAGAUGAUGAGCCGAGCUUGCUGGGCAAAGUCCAAGCAUUUGAUCCAUUCAAAAACUUUCCGAGGCAUGACCCUCCUGCACCUGGCUGCUGCCCAGGGUUAUGCCACCCUGAUCCAGACCCUCAUCAAGUGGCGCACAAAACACGCAGAUAGCAUUGAUUUGGAACUGGAAGUUGACCCCUUGAAUGUGGACCACUUCUCUUGUACUCCUCUGAUGUGGGCCUGUGCUCUCGGGCACUUAGAAGCAGCUGUUGUCCUGUACAAGUGGGACCGUCGGGCCAUAUCUAUUCCUGACUCUCUCGGAAGACUGCCUUUGGGGAUUGCCAGGUCAAGGGGCCACGUAAAAUUAGCAGAGUGUCUGGAGCAUCUGCAGCGAGAUGAGCAGGCACAGCUGGGACAGAACCCCAGACUACACUGUCCUCCAAGUGAAGAGCCUAAUACAGAUAGCUGGAUGACACAGUGGCACAGUGAAGCCAUCAGCUCUCCAGAAAUACCCAAAGGGGUCACUGUUAUUGCAAGUACCAAUCCAGAGCUGAGAAGACCUCAUUCUGAACCCUCUAAUUACUACAGCAGUGAGAGCCACAAAGAUUAUCCAGCUCCCAAAAAGCAUAAAUUGAACCCUGAGUACUUCCAGGCAAGGCAGGAGAAGCUGCUUUCCACUGCACUGAGCUUGGGACAGCCAAAUAUCAGGAAGCUGAGCCCUAGUUCUAAGCAGUCUGUCCCCGAGACAAUCAGCCCCAGUGAAGGAGUGAGGGACUACAGCCGGGAACUCUCCCCUCCCACUCCAGAGACUGCAGGAUUCCAAGCCUCUGGAUCUCAGCCUGUAGUAAAGUGGAAUUCCAAAGAUCUUUACAUUGGUGUGUCUACAGUACAGGUGACUGGAAAUCCGAAGGGGACCAUUGUAGGAAAGGAGGCAGCACCUGCACAGGUGCGUGCACGAGAACCAAUGAGUGUCCUGAUGAUGGCUAACAGAGAGGUGGUGAAUACAGAGAUGGGGUCCUACCGCGAUAGUGCAGAGAGUGAGGAGUGCUCGCAGCCCAUGGAUGACAUUCAGGUGAACAUGAUGACCUUGGCAGAACACAUCAUCGAGGCCACACCUGACCGGAUCAAGCAAGAGAAUUUUGUGCCCAUGGAGUCCUCAGGACUGGAAAGGACUGAUACUGCCACCAUCAGCAGCACCAUGAGUUGGCUGGCCAGUUACCUUGCAGAUGUUGACCACUUGCCCAGUGCUGCCCAUAUCAGCUUGAGCCCUGUAGCCUCUCCGGUCAGUGAAAUCGUGUUCGAGAAACCCAGCCUUCCCUCAGCAGCAGAUUGGUCAGAAUUCCUGGGUGCUUCUACCAGUGAGAAGGUAGAGAAUGAAUUUGCUCAGCUAACUCUGUCGGAUCAUGAACAGAGAGAACUCUAUGAAGCUGCCAGGCUUGUCCAGACAGCUUUCCGGAAAUAUAAGGGCCGACCCUUGCGGGAACAGCAAGAAGUGGCUGCUGCUGUCAUUCAACGUUGUUAUAGAAAAUAUAAACAGCUGACAUGGAUAGCCUUGAAGUAUGCACUUUAUAAAAAGAUGACACAGGCAGCCAUCCUUAUCCAAAGCAAAUUCCGGAGUUAUUAUGAACAAAAAAAGUUUCAGCAGAGCCGGCGUGCUGCUGUGCUGAUCCAAAAGUUUUACCGGAGCUAUAAAAAAUGUGGCAAAAGACGGCAGGCUCGCCGAACAGCUGUCAUUGUACAACAGAAGCUCAGGAGCAGUUUGUUAACCAAAAAGCAGGACCAAGCUGCUCGAAAAAUAAUGAGGUUCCUACGCCGCUGUCGCCACAGCCCCCUGGUGGACCAUAGGCUGUACAAAAGGAGUGAAAGAAUUGAAAAAGGCCAAGGAACUUGAAGACAUACAGCAGCAUCCCUUAGCAAUGUGAUAUUGCUUUUCAGACUGUUUUCAUUUCCGUUUUUAGCAAAGACAUGCAACAACACAUACAUGCACACACACACACACGUACACAUGCACACACACACAUAAUCCCUCUGCAGUUUGGGGGAGAUCAGCUGCAGAAUUUUAAUGGAAUGUUUGGUCAUUGCAUUUGCACUUUCAUGGACAACUUUUAUUUAAUCAGCAAGACAUCUUGGAACUCAAUCUUCAGUUGGAUCAUGGGAAAACAAGACACCACAAGGAAUUGAAAGAGUCUUCCUUUUUGGAGGAAGAAGCCGUUUUCCUUCUCAUAUAGGGCUGUAUUCAAACAUCAUGUGGAACUGUACAAAUAUUUAUACCAAAAAUAUAGAUAAGAAAAGAUGGGGAUGCAUUAGCAACAAGAGAGAAUGCUGUUCCUGUACCUGUCAGUUAUUUCCAAGAAGCUGAAUCUUUGGGAGUGAUUCUCAGUGGAGGGCUUAGAUCAUACAAAUCUUUACUGGGUCCGUGUGUUCAUUUCCUUCACUGUUAUUUUAUUUUGUUUAUUUGUGCAUUUUUGUUUUAAUCUCUACAGCACACUUAAUGCAACUUUUAAAAUCUGCAGGUUUUUAAUGUCUUGUGGAAAUUUGCAGAGGGGUGGGUGUGUGGUAAACGGGUAAUGCAUGGGAAAUAAUGAGAAACAACUUACAGAGUUUAAAUUUAUUUUCUUGUUCCCACCACCCCCCAAGAACCUGCGAGUAUAGAGAUCAUCUUACCCCUUUUUACAUGUUCAGCACUUUAAUUUUUUGCCCUACCUUCAUGUACAAUGAAAAUUACUUAGAAAAUUGGUAAAGCAUGUAGCUUUUUUUCAGUAACCUUGGAAACUAUAGUUAUUCUAAGGAAUCAUAAACCUUGCCUGGACAUUUGCCACCUAAAAUAUCAGUGUGGUGCUGCGUUCUGGCCAGUAAAUUCCAUAUUUUUUGGCUAUAUCUCAUCCAAACUGAGCAGUUUCUGUGUAUAUAUAGAAGGUAAAAUGGAAAGUGAGAAAAUAUUUGAAAGGGAUUAUAUUAAUUGCUAAAUAUUUUAUUCACAAAGGUCAAUAACAUGGCAAGAUAAAAUUAUUUGUAUAGUUUUGUCUGAAUGAGCAAGAAAAAUGUGGAUGUAUUGUUUGUAUAUAUUGUAUAUAUUAAAACAGAGAUAUGUGCAUGAAUCAAGAAAAAGAAAUGAACAAAAGCAAAGCAUUAGUGGCUAUGGUCUGUAAAAUGAAACAAAAAACUUUAUUUCACUAUAAGAGUACUUUAUUUUAAAUGUUCUUUAGAAGAACAUUUUGCUAAAGCAUGAUUAAACUGCAAAAAAAAAGAGCUACUGUAUUUAGACUUAGGAAAAAAGGCAGAGUAACAUUACUUUUUAAAAAAAGGAUAUGUUUACAUUUAAUUUUGGCUACCAGGAGUUUAUUUUAUUUAUUUAAAAUUUUUUUGCCAAUGGUGCCAAGUAAUGUGAAUGCUAAUAUUGCUUUAAGAAAAUUAAGUUACUUUUGCUAAACAGAUAAUCAUAAGAUGAAUCAGUAUAUAGCUGAACACCACCCACUCACUCCAACAAAGAACACUUAGAAUGAUCAAGUCUUGACAAAAGUAGUAGUGUGAAAAGUAGGAAAUGUUCACGUUUUCAUAUCUCCUGCUGGAAAUCAGAAAAUGUACAAAUCAGAAAAUUGCACAAAAUAACUAAAAUUGAAAACAUGCAAACUGAUGUUGUAGGGAUGUUAUGUUAUUACUGUUUCCACAUAAUGGGGAGCCAAAGAAAUCUGAUGCUUUUUACAAAUUAAACUACUAAUGUCCAAUUGAGAGAACAAAGUUUGCAUUGACUGAUGCCAGUUUAAAAUUCCCUGGUUACUUUUCAGGAUCAGUUGGUGUAUGAAGCUGACAGAAUAGGUUUUUCUUAAUCUGGCUGCCAACUGUAUGUAAAACUUAAGGCUUGUUGUGAAGCCUCAAAAUAUUCACAAAUAAGCCUCUAAACUGGUGUCUUUAGAUGGAAGGUAAAUACAAAAAUGAGUAAAAACUGGGGUCAGUGCUCUUGGUGCCUUUUCUAUAAUUGUACUUGUUUUUUAAUUACUUCCUUUCACUGCCAACCUCAAAUUACUGUACAGUAUAUGUCUUACUGCUUGUGAUCAGCUUUGACAACAGUGACAGCCCCACAACCAGUAGCCACCUGUACAUUUGUAAACUGACCUGAUUCAAUUUUAUUUUUAAAUGUGUGGGUUAUGUUGCAGUUGUUGAAGUCCCUCAAAUCCCUGUUAUUUUCCACAAUUUGAUGUAUUGGAGGACAACAAGUAAUUUACAAACACAAAAUUACAUCAACAAAUGGGAAUAGAAGGUGAAAGCCAGCUUUUUCAGAAUAUCCUCUAUCAAUACUGACUUUAGAUAUGUAAUUUCUAUUGAUUAUGGUACAAAUAACUGAUCUUUUGGCCAGAGUGAUGACCUCAGUGGAUUUGCUUUAACCCUCACAUUGUUUUUUGUUGUUGUUUUUUAAUGUUUCACAUGCUAUAUUAUUAGCUGAGUGUUAGAAAAUUCUGGAAGAAAAAACUUAUGUAGGAUUAUGAGGGCUCUUCUGGAGAAGAUAGGAAGUAGGUUCAAAAACCUACCAGUACAACUGUGAAUCCUAGGUGAGGUCCAAAUGCACUUCCACUGAAACAAAGCAUUUCUGCUUUUUCUUGGUUGUGAAUCUUAAUUUUGAAUAUAAGAUGAUAGCUAAAUGCAGCUUUCUUGGAUAAUCUGAAUUCCCAAGUGCCAGGAGUAGGAUUUCAUUGUAAAAUUAAUAGCUAAUCUUAUUCUGUCUCCUGAAGAUUUAAUCGCUAUUCUUGUUACCCAUUUGAAAUCAGCUGUACUGUGUGAAAGAAAUAAAGACAAUAACUCGAACCACUCUCAGGCUGCACGGUCGCUUAUGGCAGUUCCACACAGUAGUUGGCGCCCAAUGGGGGGGUCCCUAAGACUUGCAUGUAAAAUUAGUCUAGAUGUCUUCUUUUUUGUAAGUUUUAUUUUUGUAAUUGUGCAUGUAAAGCAUCAUUGAAUCAAUGGAUCUGUUGAAGAACUCAGCUGCUGGAAACCAUGCAAAAUGUUUUGAAUUGCCCUUAAAAUAUGGAAAAUGUUUUCUGAAUGCUUUAUAUUCUUUCUGCUGUAAAUUAAAAAUGAAGAAAAUUUCCCCA